AUGCUCAUGAAAAUGGAUGCUCAUGGGAUGCUAACACUUCGAAUGCUGCUGCGGAAAAUGGCCAUUUGGAGUGCCCCAAAAUAUAUUCAUGAAAAUGGCUGUCCAUGGGACAAAGACACAUGCGCACUUGCUGCCGGAAAUGGCCGUUUGGAAAUCCUGAAGUAUACCCAUGAAAAUGGCUGUGACUGGGACAAAGACACAUGUCAUGAUGCUGCUUCCAAAGGCCAUGUCGAGUGCCUCAAAUAUGCCCAUGAAAAUGGCUGUCCCUGGGACAAAGACACAUGCCAAGUUGCUGCUGAAUAUGGCCAUCUGGCAUGCCUCAAGUAUGCCCAUGAAAAUGGUUGUCCUUGGCAUGAGGAAAACACCUGCCCCGAUGCUGCUGAAAUUGGCCGUUUGGAAAUCCUAAAAUAUGCCCAUGAAAAUGGCUGUUCAUGGGAUGCCACCACAUGCAAAGUUGCUGCUGAAUGGGGCCAUUUGGAAUGCCUCAAAUAUGCCCAUGAACAUGGCUGUUCCUGGGAAGAAGACACAUGCCAGUUUGCUGCUGAAACGGACCGUUUGGAAUGCCUCAAAUAUGCCCAUGAAAACGCAUGUCCGUGGGAUGAAAACACCUGCACGAGCGCUGCUUUGAAUGGCCGUUUGGAGUGCCUCAAAUAUGCGCAUGAAAAUGGCUGUCCCUGGGACAAAGAAACAUGCACUAGGGCUGCAGAAUUUGACCAGUUGGAGUGCCUCAAAUAUGCCCAUGAAAAUGACUGCCCAUGGGAUGAAGAGACAUGCUUCCAUGCUGCAGCAAAUUGCCAUUUCGAAGUGCUCCAAUAUGCUGUACAGAAUGGUUGCCCAUGGGACAGAGAUCAAGUCUUGAUGGAAUGUACUUCAGAGGUAAGAGCUCGGAUUCAAAAUAUGCUAUCCCAGAGGAAUGCAUAA